CAAGUUCACUUCAUUUUUCUCUUUCAUGCCAGAAAUCACACCUGUGGCAACAAGCAAACUACCUGAAAAGCUUGCACCUUCCCGCCAAGACAUUUACCAAGAGCAACUUGCAGCCAUCUCAGAAUUCCAGGGCCUGGGUCUCCUGUUCAAGUCGUCCGAGCCGGUUCAGUUAACAGAAGCAGAGACGGAGUAUGUGGUGCGCUGUAUCAAACACACUUUCGCAAAUCACAUGAUCUUCCAGUUCGACUGCACCAACACGCUAAACGACCAGCUGCUGCAGCGGGUUUUGGUCCAGAUGGAGCCGUCGGAGGCAUACGAGGUGCUACAUUACGUACCUGCACCAAGUCUCCCCUACAGCCAACCCGGCUCCUGCUACAGUCUGGUCCGGUUACCAGAGGAUGACCCCACAGCAGUGUCUUGCACGUUCAGCUGUACAAUGAAAUAUCUGGUCCGGGACUGUGAUCCCAACACGGGAGAGCCUGAUGAUGACGGUUAUGAUGAUGAAUAUGUGCUGGAAGAUUUAGAGGUGACAGUCGCUGACCACAUACAGAAGGUGUUAAAACCAAACUUUGGUGCAGCGUGGGAAGAGAUCGGAGACGAGAAUGAGAAGGAAGAGACGUUUGCUUUGGCCACAGUCAGAACUUUAGAUGAGGCAGUAAAUAACAUUAUCAGCUUCUUGGGCAUGCAGCCUUGCGAGCGCUCAGACAAAGUUCCUGAAAACAAGAACUCGCAUGUUCUGUUCCUAGCAGGUGUGUUUAGGGGAGGUCAUGAUGUAUUGGUGAGGUCACGUCUGGCUCUGGCUGAUGGGGUCACUAUGCAGGUGACUGUUAGGAGCACAGAUGAGAAUGUGGUCGACGUCAUCCUGGCUUCUGUCGGCUAAACGAGUAAUGUUUGAGUGACCUGGUCACAUGCCAAUCAAUCUGGGCCAGUGUGCUAUACAGUAGCUCUGUUGUUUCUCACAACCAUCUUUGUGGCAUGCCAUGAAUCCUCUGAGUCUGAAACAUCCUCUUUUUUUUAUUUGGUCUGUUCUGUUCGGAGAGAUUUCUAAAAUAUUGUGGCACUUUAAUUCAUGUGGAACAGAUCUAAACAUUGUUUCUCUGGUAUUUGAGCUGUUUUGGCCUUGUGCCACAGCUCAGGGGAAACAGUCCUUUACUACAAACCUUUUCAUUUAUCAAUAAAACAGUCUGC